AUGAAAGCUGCAAAAACGUUAUUGAUUGAUGAGCCUGAGGUGGAUGAGCCGGUGGUUACUGCAGAAGAAAAUCCGUAUGCUGAUAUUGAUCAAGUGAUGCUUAAUGUUGAUGAUUUAGUGUCUGAGCAAGCAGUUAAUGUGGAAGCUGAGAAAGAGAAGGUUCUUGAUGACGUUGAAGGUGAUGAUGUUAAUAAAAGUACGACAAGCUCUUCGAGUUCUUCAGAUGAGGAAAUAGAUGAGACUGAACGUCUAAGAAGAAUUCAAGAAGCUACACAGAAAGAGAAGCAGUUAAGGAAAAGGAAGAGACAGGAGAAAGAUGAUUCUGCAUACGUUCCAUCUCCUGAGCACGUUUCUGAAUCACAAUCACCUUCAAGCGGCAAAAAGAAAGCGGGUGCAAAGAAAAGGAUUGUAUCUCCGAAAAUCAAGAAAGUUACUACGAAGAUUACAAAGUCGAAGAUUGUGUUGAAGAAGAAACCAGCCAAAGAACCCAGUAAACCAUCAACACCACCACCUGAGCCUACCCCACAUCAAUCACCAAUACAAUCACCUCCACGACAACCAACACCUCCCAGACAGCCUUCACCACCAAAACAACCAACACCACCCAGACAUCUUUCACCAUUACAUCUCUCACCACCACAACAACAAACCUUGCUUACAUCUCAAGAAAUAUUUCAAACACCACCACUUACUCAAAUUCAACUAACUCCUGGUUCUUCUGGGCACAAAGGUCUUCACAUUCCUCCGGAUAAUCUUGAAGAUAUUGGAGAUUUUGGCUUUGCAAACGAUGAACAGGUGAAGAAGUUAGAAAAGAAGAUAGAUGACGUGUUGAAUGAAAACAAAGUUGUUGCAGCAGAAAGCAAGAAAGUUGCUGAACUUGAUUUCCUGAAGGUGCGAGUGGCUGAACUUGAAGAAGAAAAGGCUCGCAGAGAUAAACAGAACAAAUAUUUCGAGAUGAAAAACAAAGAGCUUGAGGCUGCGAAAGCUUUGAAAGAGCAUGAGUUCUACAUGCUAAACAAAGUGGUUGAGAAUAUGCUUGGAACGUCGAUUGAACAGAGGUUCGAAGAGAUUCAAGUUGAAGAGCUUAGGGCAAAACGCCAAGCUGAGAUUGAUGAACAAAUGAAAGAUAAAGGAAAGGGUGCUGAAAGUAGUGUGGCAGCUGUUAAGAGAUCAAUUGUUCCAUCCUUAGUAAUUGAAAAUCCAGUUCCUAUAUCUUCAGUAUCAGCAAUUUUUGAAGAACCUGUAACUCUAGAAGAUCUUGCUGCUGAUGAUGAUGAGGAAGAUGAUGAGGAGGAUGCCGAUGAAGAGGGUGAUGAAGAAGAGGGUGAUGACGAGGAAGAUGCCGAUGAUGAGAAAGUAUUUUCUGCUAGCAGUCAUGGUUCUGAUAAUGACGAUGACGAUGCUCAAGGUGGUAUGGGAAUUAAAGUAACUGAAGCUUCCAAUGAAAGAUCUGUUGAUGACCUUCUGAAUGAUUCUGUGAAUGAAGAGUCAUGGGGGCUGAAGGAAAGGGGGAGUCUGGUGAUGCUCAAAAUGUUAAACAUGUUGAAAAGUUAG